GGACAUCGAUGGGUAAGAAAAAUCGCCUCACAGGAGGAGCGGUCGGUCGGAGAACGAUCCUACAGCUUUCCCGUCCCGGGCUGCGCGGCGGGAAUGUCGGAGAGAGGGAAGAAGCCCCCUCGGGAUCCGAUGAUGAACAGGAGGUUGAGGGACACAGAUUUAUGAGAGAAAGACUCACAAACAUGAAGACUGCCGCAGUAAAGGCCACAGAGGGCUUGUCUCUGCUUGGAGCCUACGAGGACAGCGAUGAAGAGGAGGCUGGAGACGCUCUUCCGCUUUCCACUGCAAAGUCAGCAGACAUCGACAGUACAUUGGCCAAUUUCAUGGCUGAAAUUGAUGCCAUCACCACCCAGCCAAAUUCUGAAGAUGCAACUCCACCUUCGUUCCCAACCGCCGCACCACCCAGACCUGAUGUGGACACUCGGCAGCCAGCUGCCAGUGCAGCUCAAAACCAACAAAGCGCAGAGUUUGAGUACAAUACUCAGUGCUCUCUUUCUAGAGUGGGUGUAGAGAUGGGAGACUGGCAGGAGGUGUGGGACGAGAACUCUGGCUGCUACUACUACUGGAGCACUCGGACCAACGAGGUGUCCUGGGAGCUGCCGCACUAUCUAGCUGAUCAGGUGCAAACUCUGGGCCAGAAUACCAACAGCUCGAGUAUCAACGGCAACGGCACAGCGCAUGUAGCCUAUCAGGCCAAGGAAAAUGCCGCAUUUGUUGUAGCCCCGCUGUCCGUGAAGGAGACCAAAGUGAAGGAGGUCAUUGAGAGUGUCGUGGGCCUCACAAGUGAAGAAGAGGAGCGCCACGGAGUGGCGGCGUCUCUGCUCGGGCCUUUGAUCCCCUCUGAAGUGAAGGAAUCAGAAGAGCGAUGGAGGAAAAAGCUGCUUAAAGGCUUGGAUGAGACUGAGAACAGUUUAGAUUCUGACGGGGAAGGCGUUCGCAGUGCAGUAUCUCAAUCCACCCCUCCGCUGGACCCUGACCCAAUCCCCACGGUCCAGAAAGACGUUUGCCACAAGGACUUGGAAGACAAUUCAGAUGCAGAGGAGGAGACGGAAGAAGACACCAUGGAGCUGGAACUGGCCCUGGAGAGGAAAAAGGCUGAGCUGAGGGCGCUAGAGGAGGGCUACGUGAGUGCCGGGGGCUCCAGUCCUUGUUCCGAGACCAGCCAAGAAGCCUCUGGUUCUCGAGGCAUUUUGCUAAAGAAAAAGCGGUGGAAGACCGCCUUCCCUUCGGCUCCCAGUCCAGAGUCCAACAGCAUCGGCUCCGACCUGCAGGACAUCACGGAGACAACUCAAGAAAGCGCCAAAGAAGUGGAGGACAAGGAAACAGAUGGUUCAGAAGAGAAGGCGCUUACAAUUCCUCUGGUUAAAGAAGAGGUGGAAACACCGGAGCUGAAAGUAGAAACGCCUGAGCUCAAGUUUCAGAUUGGAGAACUGGCUAAUACGUUGACUAGCAAGAUGGAGUUCCUGGGGAUAAACAAAAGGGCGAUCUCAAACUUUCAGUUUCUUCUGUUACAAACUGAGACUCGGAUUGCUGACUGGAGAGAGGGCGCUCUGAAUGGGGUCUAUCUUCGUCGCAGGCUCCAGGAAGCUGCCGAACACAUAAAAUAUUACGAACUUAACGCCACUCCUAAAGGCUGGUCCUGCCACUGGGACAGAGAGCACAGGCGGUAUUUCUAUGUGAACGACCGGACCAGUGCCUCCCAGUGGGAUUUUCCAAACGAGGACAAGGAGGAAGACCUGCAAGGCACAGAGACACAGACCUCCAGCCAAGAGAACACCAAAACAUUGACCGCAUCUCCUGGUGGGGUCGCAGGUCAGUCUCUGUCCUCCGCCCCCCCACCCGCACCGCCCCAGCCCAUUGCAUCGUCUCUCUGGUCCCCACCCCAACCCCCCCUUCCUGACAGCCCACCUCCCCCUCCUGAACAGCCCCCGCCGCCGCCUCUCCCCCCCGGCUCCCCACCUCCAUCACCUCCUCCUCCUGACAGCGACGAAGAGAUCAUGGAGGUGGAGAUGGAGAUGGACGACGACAAUGACAGCGAGCCGCCUGCUCCUGGAACGGAGGAGGACGGCUCUGCGAGGCCUCCGUUGCCUCCAGGCAGCGCCGGCGUGAAGAUUGUGGAGUCGUCGGUUCCCUUGGGGAAGGGUCAGAAACGUAAAGCCGGCCAGCUGAGUAAAUCCAUCACUAUUGGCAGUGGCGCCAUUCUCUACACCCAGCCGGCUUUUAGCGCAGCUCCUCUAAUUUCUGCAACGGCUUACUGGGGCGUGCCAGCGGUCCCUGCUCCCCUGGUCCCCUGUGAGCCUCCUCUCCCACCUGUCCCGGCCUUACCUCCUCAGCCACCACUGCCGCCAAUCCAGCCGCCCUCUGAACCUCCUGGAGUCAAAGCUCCGGCCGCAGACAAGACCAAGAAAAUAAAAAAGGAUAAGUCAAAGAAGAGUAAGAUCAAAAUGCCGUCUCUGGUGAAGAAGUGGCAGAGCAUCCAGAAGGAGUUGGACGAAGAGGAGAAAAGCAGCUCCAGCGACGAGGACAGAGAUCAGCUCAACAAGAGGAGUAUCGAGGACUGGAAGACACAGCAGCUCAUGACAGGAAAAGCUUCAAAGAAUGCUAAUUUUGAGACGCUGCCCGAUAACUGGAGGGACCGACUGAAGAAACGGAAGACGACGAAGAACACGUAACAUCCAACCCGGGUCAUAAAUCGCCUGCUCACCAUCAUUUUUACUCAGCUCCAUCCCUUAAUACAAGGUCAUCCUGCCCCAGAUUAACGUUUUAUUUUAUGGUCGUUGGACUUUGUUUAUCAUUUUAUGAUGGACAAUGGAGACAUUUGAGGUCCUUACAUGGCAGGCCAUUCCACAGAAGGACCUGAAUGCUCUUUUGUUUUGUAGUGACUGUUGUAAAUGUGCCAAAAUGAUUGGGUUCAUUGGGGUUCAUCAAAAUCUACUUCACCGCCGUUUUGUCGAGCUUCACGAAAUCAAUGACCACCGCAGUUUGUUUGGAGGGAGUGUGUCUAUUUUAUUGAGUUUAUACAACUCCGUUCAUUCAUGUAUAAUGUUAUGUGCAAUGAUUUGUGAAGGGAAGGGUCGCUGGACUUGUACAUUUUGUAAAGUUAUUAAAGUUUUUUUCAUUUGUCA